AUGAUGAUCCCAAGCGUCCUCGCGCCUCCAGCCUUCUACCCGGGGCUGUACCGGCCCGCCGCCUCCCUGCCGCUGCACCACGCCCUUCCGUCCGGCUUCCCGACCCACUCCAGCUUUCUAGUGGAGGACCUGCUGCGGAUAAGCCGGCCCGCCGCCUUCAUUAACCGGACUGUCCCGUCGGCGUGCGCCUCUCUGCCCACGGCCACCACCACCGUGUCCUUCUGCGGAGGAGCGCCCGCGGAGCGCGCGCUGGCCACCACCGCGGUGACGCGCGAAUCGUGCUCGCCAAAAAUGUCGGUGUCGAGCAUCAAGGACCCGACUUUUCUCAAGUUUGGAGUGAGCGCCAUCCUCGCACCUUCACCAAAGACCGCGUCCUCACACCCUGCCUUCCACUGCCUGCACUCCAAGACCUUCCCCAUCCCCUACUUUGACGGAACCUUUCACCCCAUAUUCAGGACGCCUUAUUUUCCAGCAUCUUCAUCCAUUGUCCCCAUUCCCGGGACCUUUUCUUGGCCCCUGGCCGCCAGAGGGAAACCCCGGAGAGGGAUGCUGAGGAGGGCGGUGUUCUCCGAUGUGCAGCGCAAAGCCCUGGAGAAAAUGUUCCAGAAACAGAAAUACAUCAGCAAGCCCGACAGGAAGAAGCUGGCAUCCAAGCUGGGCCUUAAAGACUCACAGGUGAAAAUCUGGUUCCAGAACCGGAGAAUGAAGUGGAGGAACUCCAAGGAACGAGAGCUGCUGUCGUCCGGCGGCUGCCGCGAGCAGACGCUGCCCACAAAAGCCAACCCGCACCCGGACCUCAGCGACGUGGGCAAGAAGUCCUCGGCUGAGGAGGAGGAGGAGGAAGAAGAGUUUAGGAGAGAGAGACACAGGGUGGACUCCAGCAUCUCCUCUCCAUCUCUUUGCAGUAAGCACUCGGACUUCUCGGAGUCAGACGAAGAAGAAAUAACAGUAUCUUAA